UCUGUUUUUGUUUUUAGGCUAGAGAGAAACAGCGCCCUCGGGUGGAUGGCCAAGAAAUGGCAAAAACACCAGAGUCUCCGGACUGAACCAUUCAGGCAGGUGGAGGGAGGACAGGCGAGUUAAAAAGUUUCUUUUCAUCUAAAAACCCAAAUGUAUUAAAAAAAUUAUGAAUAAAAUGUAUGUUUGGCAUAAUUUGGGUUAGAUGAGUAGUUUAGUGGCUGUUUUCCUGCGGUCUGUUUUAUCCCCUUCUGCCUGACUGGAAGUGGUUCGGUCCAGUAGUGAAGGCGAAGCUCGGUUUGUUUUCCACGACCAGGAGGAUCAAGCGGACCGAACCUGCCGCCAUGGCUCUGUGCGGACGUGUGGGAGCCAUGGCUUUACCCAGCGAGCUCAUCGUCCACAUCUUCUCCUUCCUGUCCGACCGGGACAAGCUCCGCGCCUCGGCCGUCUGCUCACGCUGGAGGGAGUGCCUCUUCUACCCGGCCCUGUGGACCGAGCUCCGGCUGCGGAUCGGCGGCUUCGGUUCCGAGGAGACGCCGAAGCUGGACUUCCUCAUGCGGAAGUUCGGCUCCUUCGUCCGGGAGCUGCAGCUGGAGCUGGCGCCGGUGGAAGGGAACCUGAGCCCGGAGCGUCCCCCCGGCGGCCCGGAGGGGGACCCGCAGCAGCUGCCGGAGCGCUGGAGGGCCGCCAUGGCCGCCUACUUGGAGCAGGUUCUCUGCGUGUUCACCAGCAUCCGGAACAACAGGAACCUCCAGAGGCUGAGUUUAUACGGAGACACCUUCAUCCUGCAGCAGGAGGGACUGUUGGACAGCGCCAACCUGCAUCAGAUCCACCAGGGGGACAAAAAGAUCAAAGAAAUCCAGGAGCUGUUCAUGGAGCUGCUGUCCAACAGCCGCCAGCUGCGCUGGUUGUCCUGCAGCUUCAUGCUGGGUCUGCUGACGCCGCGCUCCUUAGCCCGCCUGUCCAACCAGUCCGCCGAGACGCUGCAGCACCUCAGUUUCCUGGACCACCAGCAGGGGCCCCUCGUCUCGCCGUCGGAGCUCGAUCGGCUCUCCAACCUUCACUCCCUGGCUCUGGAUUUUCCCGACUUCUCGUCCGAGCUCUGCGCUCUGCUGGCGUCUCCACGCAGAGCUCCCCUCCACCGCCUCUCCCUGCUGCUCAACGGCGCCGCCCUGGAGUUUAAAUCGUUAGAAAGCACAGCAAGAGAGGACGACUGGAAGGCGCUGGUACGGGUCAGCGCUAACCUGCGGGUGUACGUCAUGGCCCUGGAGGUGGACAGCUCAGAGCUCCUCAGGGUCCUGAAGCCCAGCCUGCCUCUAGAGCGCCUCCACCUGGACAGCUACAGCACGCUGGUGACCGAUGGCACGCUGGAGCUCGUCUCCCAGCAGUACAACAAAACCCUCACCCACUUCCUGCUGCUGAGGGACGGCCCUGGCUUCCCCGACCUCAGCGUCAACCGCAACGAAGACCCGCUGGUCCUGCUGGCCUGGAGGUGCACCCAGCUGGCUGUGCUGGUGAUACACGGUUACACCGUCUGGUCCCACAACCUGGUGGCCAUCUCCAGGCUCCGUGGCUCCUGUCUCCGCGUCCUCACCGUGUCCGAAGAGAGCAUCGACUUCGACCCGGACCAGUCGCUGUACACGGAGGGUGACCCGGUCCAUAACCUGGUGAAGGAGGUGUCUCUGGGCCUCGGCCGCGUCUGGCACCCGUGCCUGGACUCCAGCACGGUUCUGUCCGAACCCACCCAGCAUUUCCACCGCGAGCUGCGCGCCUUCAGCGCCGGCAUGUAGACUGUGUGUGUGUGUGUGUCGGGGGAGGCGGGUGCAUAGACCAGACCAGGUGGACCGACGGCGUACAGGCAGAGCCGAGCCGGACCGGACAUCACCUACUGGAUCGGUUUGAUUUGAGGUUUUAAAGUUCAGCACAAAGUCAUGAAACCAGAUCAGUCUGCAAAGAUGGUCCAGUCCGGUCCAGCCUGGUCUGGUCUGGACACAGUUUGGUCUGCACUCGUUUCCAUCACCCUAAUGACCUACAGAGCCUCUCUGAGACUCUGAAUCCCCCCCACUCCAAUGUGUUUUAUCUCAUAACCCCCCCCCCAAAAAAAAAAAAGUGUUUGAAUGCAGAUUUCUGCUCACAGACCAACAGGAACCAACAGGAACCGGCCCGUAGAGCUUUGUUUGGCAGCAGGGGGCGAUCUGAUUGGCUGUUUGUUCAUUUACUGUUUUUUAAGGUCAAAGGUCAUUAUUCGGGGUUUCUGAGCUGCUGAUGGAGAGUUUGUUACACUUCCCACCCUGUUCACCUGCUGCUGACCUCAGAGCCAAACUGGUUCUGGUUCUUCCAGCGCCGCCUCUGAUCUGAAUUUAGCCGAUGACCCGAAAGGCCCAGAGGCCUGGAAGAGAAGCUGCAGCUUCCAUCUGUUUCCUUGGUGCCAUAUGAAGCGGUUCUUACCCUUCCUUCCUGAUCAGACCCUGACGGUUCUGGUCAGAUCAUCACUCUGACCGAUGUGCAGAACAAUCAGUUACCUUUUUCUCUUUUGACACGGUUGCCUUAGAAAUGGCUCCAUCCUCCCCGGUUUGAACGGUUCUGGAUGCCGCCAUCAAACCGGGCCCUCGCACCCGCCAAGCGGACCUGAUCAUACAUUUGUUUUCAACGAUUAAGGUCGAGGGAGGAUGGAGAGUCUGGAGGUCCAUGUUUCUUCCCUUCCAGCACUUUACUGGGUCCCAGUAAGCGGGCGUUGUCGUAACCUGGUUCAUCUGCUCCCUCCUGGGUCCGUAUCAGUAGAGGAACCUCACUCUGGUACCACUGGGUUCUGGUUCCUUUUUUUUUUUUAACCUCCUUGUGAGUUUUCUCUGACUGGAAGGCUGAUCAGUCUGGUUCUGAGGACCGAACGGAGCCGAUACUUGAAUAAAGACCGCCUCGUGGUCCAAUCAGACCUGAAUAGUCGAUGGUUCUGGAGUCCAAAGCUUGGUUCUGUGGGUCUGAUUUUAGUUGCUGGUUGAUGAAUGUUCUGAUGAAUCCGGUAGAAGCGGGUUUGUUCUGGAUGCGGUUCUAACUGCCAAAGACCAAAGUGGAGCAAAGUUCAGAAGUGGACCGAUGUAGCCUCCUGGUGGCGCUCCUGGGGGACCAUCCAGAACCGUUCAAACCAAAGCAGAGCUGCUGGCUACCAGAACUUUAGCUCGGCUCGGUCCUUUACCUCUGACUGGUACUCAGGGUCCAUGAUUAGCUGAUGUCACGCAGACGUCAGAGAUCCAGCGGAGGUUCUAGGAGUUCUGCUUGUGCCGUCCCUCUGGGGGCCGACGGCUGGUCCGGGUCUCCCCGGUUUGGAGUUAAUUUGAAGCUGUAAACAUUUUCUGCUGCUAGAAGAAGAACAUUCCAGGAGGGGGAGGAGCUUCUCUGAACAGAUAUUCUGUUUGUCGGUGCAGCGCUUCUGCCUCUUCUGUCUCCGGACCUUCAGUUCAAGCAGACCGGUUCUGGUUGGUCCGGUUUGAUUCUGGGUGCGCUGCCGUCGGAUGAGGAAGUGAAUCCACAGAGCUGGCCUCUAGCUCCCUCCCUCAUUGGUCGACCCGUCGGACCAGACGCUGUCCGGUUAGCUUUGCGCCAAAGCAGCCAACUUACCGCGUCGCUCUGGGUCUGACUUCCUGUUAACUUAUGAUGAAGUGACGCCUGCUGCUCUGUUGACGGGUUCUUAACGACGUCGCUGCUGAACGGCAGAGGAACCGUCGGACGUCGGUGCCGAGAGGUUCAGAUCUGCUCCGAAGCCUGCAGGGACCCAAAUGUCCCGAUUAGCCAGGCAGGCAGGCGGGCCUGCCAUCCAACCAGAACCGCCUCACAACUAUGCAAGAGGAGCGCGGAUGAUCCAAACUCCACCUGGUCUUUGGAUUCUGUUUCUCAUCCUCUGACAGACGGUAGAUGUGAACUAAUGAGACACUGCAGUGACGAUACCUGGCCUUAUGAUGAUGAUGAUGAUGGUUUGUAAUCAUUUUAGUCUGAAGAUCUCCUGAAUCCGGUCGGCCAACCCGGCGGCGGCGGCGGGUCACUCUUGGUCUCUGUGAGACCGGCUAGGCGGCCCGGUUUUAUCGUGGUACGAAUGUUGUGCAUUUGUUUCAAAUCAGGACAGUUUGCAAUAACAGCAGUUUAAACAGUGGCCACAAGGGGGCACAAGCAGUGCUGACGGCGCCCGGCUACGUCUUUAGAAAACCAUAGCGGAAGAGAGAUCUAUAUACAGAGAAGUCAAUCUAUAUAUGUGUACCUGCUCGGCGUGUUUGUGACGUGUCGCCCUCGCUUCGGUUCUUCAACAGGAAGUUUAUCCUAAAGCCACACAGACGCCAUGUUGUCAUGUUUUCUUUUUAUUUUGCAGAGAUGGUUUUAAGUUGUUGUUGCUGAAAACUCGUGUUCCUGUGAGACUGUUUGGUGAUGUAAUAGCGCCCCCUAAACGGAGGGGGGCAGAUCUGCAGGAGAGGGAUUGGACUUUUAUUGAGAAUGUUGAUGGGUGUUCCUGUUGGAGCGAUAAGAGGGAAACCUGCAGAACCGAUGCUGAAUGGAUGCUUCUCUUCUUUUAGUCUGUGAAUAAAAACAUUAAAAAGCUGC